AUGCGAGCUACGUUCGUUUCACUGUUUUUGCUGGCGCAAAUUGUGGCCGGGAAAUACUUCCCUCCGACGCCCAAGGAUGUGAAGGUCGUGAAGUCCAAAUUUCAUGAGGGUGUUAAGAUAUCAUAUAAGGAGAACGAUGUCUGUGAGACGACUCAAGGUGUUAGAUCCUACACUGGAUAUGUUCAUCUACCACCCCACAGCCUGGACUUGGUGAACGUCGAUCAGAAUUACGAUAUCAAUACUUUUUUCUGGUUUUUCGAGUCCCGCAAGGAUCCGGCGAAUGCUCCUUUGUCGAUAUGGAUGAAUGGUGGCCCCGGCUCAUCUUCUAUGAUCGGGCUCUUCCAGGAGAAUGGCCCUUGUUUCAUCAACGACGAUUCUAAAACAACUCGUUUGAACCCGUGGUCCUGGAACAACGAAGUCAACAUGCUAUACAUUGAUCAGCCGAAUCAAGUUGGUUUCAGUUAUGACAAGCUGACAAAUGUCACAUUGGACACGUUAGCUGAAGAGUCCCAGUGGGCAGUCGCGGAUUUCUCCAAGGGGGUGCCAGAACAGAACAAUACAUUCUAUGUUGGAACUGCUAGCACUCUAAAUCAAAACAAUGCUGCAAAUGGUACCAUGAACGCUGCACGCUCACUCUGGCAUUUCGCCCAGGUGUGGUUCCAAGAGUUCCCAGAGUACAAGCCAAAUGACGAUAGAGUUAGCAUCUGGACUGAAUCUUAUGGUGGUCGAUACGGUCCAGCAUUUACUUCCUUUUUCCAAGAACAGAACCAGAAGAUCAAAAAUGGAACCAUAAAAGAAAAGGGAGAUACCCAUGUCAUUCACUUGGAUACUCUUGGAAUUAUCAACGGCUGCGUCGAUUUCCUUACUCAAGCUCCAUCAUAUCCCCUCUUCGCGUAUAACAAUACCUAUGGUAUUAGUGCAAUCAAUGAGACUGUCUUCAAAGCUGCGAUAAACGACUGGCAAAAACCAGGUGGCUGCCGAGAUCUGGUUAUUAACUGUCGCAAGCUUGCCGCCGAAGGAGAUCCAAAGAUGUAUGGAAACAACGAGACUGUUAAUGAGGCUUGCCGUAAAGCAGAUAAAUUCUGUACCACGAGCGUGGAGGAGCCCUAUCUUACGUUUGGUGAUAGAGGAUUUUACGACAUUGGUCACCUAAGAGCAGAUCCUUUCCCGCCCAAUUAUUAUUUGGGAUUCCUGAGCCAGGCGAGUGUCCAAGAAGCUACGGGUAUACCUGUAAACUUCACCAUAUCCUCUGAUGCUGUUUAUUCUGCUUUCGGCAAGACUGGAGACUAUCCAAGAUCUGAUGUUCGUGGAUAUCUGGAGGAUAUUGCUUACCUUUUGGAUUCUGGAGUCAAGGUUUCUCUUGUCUAUGGAGAUCGUGACUACGCGUGUAAUUGGAUUGGUGGAGAGGAUGUCAGUUUGGCAAUCAAAUAUUCCGACUCUGAUAAGUUCCGAGCUGCAGGGUAUGCCAAUAUCCAAACAAACUCUUCUUACGUUGGUGGGCAAGUACGCCAGUAUGGCAAUUUCUCAUUUGCAAGAAUUUACCAGGCUGGCCAUGAGGUUCCUUCUUAUCAACCAGAUACGUCACUCGAGCUAUUCCAUCGUGUCAUGUUUAAUAAGGAUAUUGCUACCGGGAAUGUCGACCUUACGAAAGAAAGGGGUUACGGCUCUUCAGGACCCGCGACAACCUUUCAAGUUAAGAAUAAACCACCUGGUUUCCCUAAGCCUGAAUGCUAUAUCCUCGACUUGAGCACAUGUUCAAAAGAUCAGAAGGAGAGGGUCAAAAAUGGAACUGCCGUUGUCAAGAAUUACAUUGUGAUUGAUAACAGUACAGCGCCAUCGACAACUCCUACUCCUGGAAGUGCCUCUGCUAGUGCCCAUCUUUCAAUGGGGUUAAUGAGCCUUGCUUUAAUGGUUCUUGGUGCCUCUUUAUGGUGA